AUGUACCCCAAUCCUCUCAUCUACUGCACCUGCUGGGACCCCUGGAACCUGGGACCACGGAAGCUAAUCAAGACCCCUCAUCCACUUCCAAAGACCCCCAUGGGGAAGUCCAAGCCAAUUUUCCCUUCACCAAUUUCAAAAGACCGCAACUACUUCCUGCCCCAACCAGCAAAACCUACUGUUUCCCCAAGGGACAAAAUCCAGUCAGGAAAGACAGAGGAGAGCAGCAAAGCACCUUCUGAAGUGAUUGAAGUGUCACCUGGCUAUAAACUCAUUCGAAAUCGGGAACAGAUUUCAGUCACCUUGGGAGAUGAGAUGUUCAAUAGGAAAAAGCACUUGGAAUCAUCGGACAUCUUGAGCAAAGUCAAAAUUUCCAGGACUGAUAUCAUUUCUGACCUUGAGGAGCAGAUCUCUGAAUUGACAGCAAUAAUAGAACAGAUGAACAGAGACCACCAAUCCGCCCAGAAACUGCUCUCCAAUGAGAUGAAUCUCCGCUGUACUGACAUGAAGCAGAAGUUUGAAACCGAGAGCAGGGAACUCAAACAGACUCACAAAGAGGAGCUUGAGAAGCUAGAGAACAGCUACAAGGAGGCCUUGAAGGCGGAGAAGGCCGCAGCCCAAGAGAAACUAGAUGAGAUGGGCAAAGAAUAUAAGUAUCUGAAGAAUAUGUUUCACAUGUAUCAGGAUAGCAUUUACGAUGAAAUGGAAGACAAGUGGUCAAGGCGAAAGGCAGAAUGGGAGAAGGAUGAGAAGAUGGAGCGGGAAAAGAUCCUGCUACAACAAAAACAUAGAAUAACAAAAAAGUUUGAGAUAGAGUCGGAAGAAGAAAAGAGGAAAAUGAAUGAGUCCUUCAAUGCUAUUUUUGAGAACUUCACUCGAGAGAAAGAGGAGCUCAUAAGACAGCAUAAUGAAGAUAUCCUGCAAAUGCAGGAGCUGAAGAAAUCCAAAGAGAUCUUGGAGGAUGAGUUGCGGACACAAGCUAUUGUUCUGGAGACCCUGAACACAAACCUUUACCAGUGCCAGAUAGAACUCCAGAGAGAGGCAACUAUAGCGGGAAAUCUAGAGAAAUUGUUCCAGACAAAGCUUGCCGAAGCUGAAGAAAAGUAUAAACACACCAUACAGAUCCUGACAGAAGAAAAUAACGGCCUCAGGCAGAAGAUGUUAAACACAACCACAAAUGAGGAAACUUCUGAAGAAAGAUCUGAGAAGUCGUCCCCUGCCAGUCCCAAUGUCUAUGAGUCAGACGUCCCUGAACACAACAGCAACAAAAAGCCGUAGGUGACAAACUGCUCCCGGGACUGAGCAGCUCUGUCCUGGGGAGCUCAGGCUCUGGCACGACUUUUCUGGAAAGACGCCCGGGAAAGGUUGAGUUCUUGAGUUGUUCUGAUGCUACUUUUGCCUUUUUUCACAAUUUGCUUUCUUCAGAAUGGUUAGAAAUGUUUGAAUGCUUAUCCCAAUUACAUCGUGGCUCUCCGUUGAGAACUGACGUCCUCUGGCUGACUUCUGUGGGCUGUGCGCUAUGUUCUUUUCUGCUUUUUACCUGAGACUAUUUGAAGGGUCUUCUGUUUGGGUGGUUCUUGCAUUUUGGGGUGUAACUUUUGUCCCCCAAGGGUAAACAGCAAGUAAGACAAUUUAUUGAUUUAAUUCCAAAAAUCUUCAUUCCCUCCCACAUCAUACUUAUUACCCCAGUGUCUUGGGAAGAGUAACUGAAUAUUUACCCUGUCUCUGAGCAUCAGAAGGAUUCAAAUGUCCAUAGGGCAGGCAACAUAUCCAUGGAACUGGGGCGGGCACAGGGCAACCAGUCACAGAGUCAGGAUGCUAGAGGGGGUUGGUAACUCAGAGCCACACCCUUGUCUGAUCACAGCACUUCUUAGACUCAUUGGAUUGCCUGCCAUUGGGGUACCUGGGGUCAUUAUGAUUUUAAAAAAACAAAUUCUGGUUUUUAUGUGGAAGAGCUUUUAAGCGUUGGCACGGAUGGUAAACAGUGUUGGAAGCCAGCACUAGAUGUUGAGUGUCCCCACAAGUGAGCAUGCCAACUGUAAAACAAAAACCAGCAAAAGAAUCCCCUAGAAACAGUAAGUAAAUCUAUUGGAUCUAUUUUUUUAGACCAGCUUUUCCUCACUGCAGUUUAUUUAGGAGGGAACAGGGGAAUACAAAAGUUCAUAGGUAUAGGUUCAAUAAAAGAUACACUCAAGAGCAAUGUGUAAACAACUCAGUUUCUUUUCAAAAGUUACAUGAAAACAUAGAAAAAAUCUAUACAUUCAUAUGGAAUUUGAAAGACAAACAAAAUUCAAGAUAGAGAUCUUGCUAGACCCCGAUUCAGACAGACUGUAAGAAUGCAAGAAGAUCAGGAGGUUCCGGAUAUGGACACUGGCUGGUGUCUAUGCUUAAAAAUGCUUUAGCUAUCUGAAAUGUACCUCAUCCUUAGAGACACUUGGGUCUCUAAACUAUUCAGAUGUAAGAAUAUUCCACUUUAAUGGACCCAAGCCAGGCAGCGAGGGAGCGAGGCAGCGAGGGAGCGAGGCAGCGAGGGAGCGAGGCGGGGAGGCAGACAGGUGGGGACACAGUCAGUGAGGACAGAGCACAGGACAGCUGCUGUGGCUGAGGGUGUAAGCCGUGGCUUCAUGCUGUUGUUUGCUUUCACUUUUUGUAUAUUUAUAAGAAUUUUCAUAAUAAAAUACUUUUUUAAAAAAUGAGUUUUGUUUUAAUGUUAUUCUCCUACAAAGCAUAAAUUAAACCUUUUUCUUUUUUUAUAAA